GGCGCCUUCCCGGCCAGCGGCAGCGCGGGGCCCCGGAGCGCCGCGGGGAAUAACGGAGCGGCGGGGCCGGGCCGGGGGGGCCCCCGCCGAGCGGCAGCGGGAGCGGUAACGGCGCGACGUGUCGCGGCAGCCGGGGGAGCCGCCGGGUCCCGGUGCCUGUCCCGCUGCCGGGCAGCGCGGACCCGCCUGGCGAGCGCCAUCCGCCGCGGGGCAUGGACCAGUCGGUCGCCAUCCAGGAGAGCCUGGCGGAGGGGGCGACCUGCCGCAUCGCGGUGCAGGGCGUCCUGGCUGCAGGGCAGAGCGUGGAGAGCCGGCUGCUGGGGCUGGUGGAGAGCAAUGGAGAGCACGCGUGGGUGCUGAUCUAUGUGUACACUCACCGGCGGAUGGCCAUAACAGCUGAGGAUGUCUGGCUGGAGAAGGUCAUCCCCAUCAGAGAAGGGUUUGCAGUGGAAGAAGUUGUACUUGACAGCGACCUUCGCGUCAUCGGCUCUGACGUGACUAUCCAGAUCAGUUCAGAAGAUGAUCGGCUCACGGUGCGGUUGCCGUUUGGUUCCCACACGCGCAUGUUCCUUCAGGAGGUCGGCAGGUGCUGCCCAGAAGUGGCUGGCUCUGAAGGCAUCAAACAGAAUGGAAAGAAGCUGACAGUUAGCCAGAACCGGAGCCAUGACAGCACCGAUAAGAGUGCUCCCAGGCAAAACAAACUCAAACCUGAAGCGACAACUGAAAUGGUACAGUCCUCCGGCGUAAUGGCUUCGGAGAAGGUUUCAGUCUUACCAGAACCACAGUUUGGACUAAGAGAUAUUAUUGUUAAGUCUCAGCUUGUCCAAAUGGAGGAUUCCUACACGCACAUCCAGAGCUUCAGGUUUUUUGUUGGGACGUACAAUGUGAACGGUCAGCCGCCCCGAGAAAGCCUCCAGCCGUGGCUGAGAUGUGAUGCUGAGCCUCCAGACGUUUACUGCGUGGGUUUCCAGGAGCUUGAUCUGAGUAAAGAAGCCUUCUUUUUCAAUGACACACCGAAGGAAGAAGAAUGGUUUAAAGCUGUAACUGAUAGUCUUCACCCAGAUGCCAAAUAUGCAAAGGUGAAACUUGUGCGGCUCGUGGGAAUCAUGCUUCUGUUGUAUGUGAAAGCAGACCUUGCUUUGAACGUCUCUGAGGUGGAAAUUGAGACUGUGGGAACUGGAAUCAUGGGGAGGAUGGGUAACAAAGGUGGUGUUGCCAUAAGGUUUAAAUUCCAUAACACUAGCGUGUGCGUUGUGAAUUCUCACCUUGCAGCUCACAUGGAGGAAUAUGAGCGGAGGAACCAGGACUUCAAAGACAUCUGCUCUCGGAUGCAGUUCUGCCAGUCGGAUCCAAAUUUGCCCCCUCUCACUAUUGGCGAACAUGAUGUCGUCUUAUGGCUGGGUGACCUCAACUAUCGGCUGGAGGAACUGGAUGUGGCAAAAGUGAAGCAGCUUGUAGAUGAGAAGGCAUUUCUAGAGCUUUGCCAGUAUGACCAGCUGAAGAGGCAAAUGAAUGCAAACGCCGUCUUUGAAGGCUUUACAGAGGGAGAAAUUUCUUUCCAGCCAACGUACAAAUACGAUGCUGGCUGUGACGACUGGGACACAAGUGAGAAGUGUCGUGUUCCCGCGUGGUGUGAUCGGAUACUCUGGAAAGGGCAGAACGUUGCUCAGCUGAGCUAUCGCAGCCAUAUGGCUUUGAAGAUCAGUGAUCAUAAGCCAGUUAGCUCUGUGUUUGAUAUUGGGGUGAAGGUGGUGAAUGAGGACCUCUAUCGAAAAGCUUUUGAGGAAAUAGUCCGCUCCCUGGAUAAGCUGGAGAACGCCAACAUUCCCUCGGUGACGCUCUCCCAGAGAGAGUUCCAUUUUGAGGAUGUUAAAUACAUGCAGCUGCAGGUGGAGAAGUUUACAAUCUGCAAUGGACCAGUGCCCUGCCAUUUCGAAUUCAUCAGCAAACCAGAUGAGAACACCUACUGCAAGGAGUGGUUGAUUGCUAAUCCCAGUAAGGGCUUUCUGCUAUCAGGCGCUAAGAUCACAAUUGAGUUGGAGGUGUUUGUUAAUAAAUCAACAGCCACACACUUAAACUCUGGAGAGGAAAAACUUGAAGAUAUCUUGGUCUUGCAUCUUAACAAGGGGAAGGAUUAUUUUCUAUCUGUAACAGGCAACUACUUGCCAAGUUGCUUUGGGUCUCCCAUUCAUACGCUGUGUUACAUGCGGGAACCUAUCCAGGACAUGUCAGCAGAAUCGAUUCGGAAACUUACCCUGAUGCCACUAGAAAUGAGUGAUGAGGAUGUUCAAGCUGAAAAGCCUAUGGACAUUCCCAAAGAGCUGUGGAUGAUGGUGGAUCACUUGUAUCGCAGUGCUUCCCAGCAGGAAGACCUGUUUCAGCAACCAGGCCUCAGGUCUGAAUUUGAGCAAAUCCGAGAUUGUUUGGACAAAGGAAUGCAUGAUACCCUCCUUGGCAGCAACCACUCGGUCGCAGAAGCCCUGCUGCUCUUCCUGGAGAGCCUGCCGGAGCCCGUCAUCUGCUACAGGUUCUACAGCAGCUGCUUGGAGAGUGCCAGCAACUACCCGCUGAGCAGCCAGAUUAUCUCUAACCUGCCAGCGUGCCAUAAAAAUGUAUUUCAAUAUCUAAUGGCAUUUCUACGAGAACUACUGAAAAAUUCAGGGAAAAACCAUUUGGAUGUGAACAUUCUUGCUAGUAUAUUUGGUGGCUUGUUACUUCGACCUCCUCCUGGACAUCCUACGCCUGACAUAGCUGAGAAGAGGAAAGCUCAGCAAUUUAUCCAUCAGUUCCUCUUGAGAGAAGACAAUUUACCGUGAAAUUCAGAUGCAGCUAAUCUGAUGUUUAGAUAUCAAAUUACUGUAAAAAUGUUUGGGUGUUUUUUGUACAGUAUACCGGCGUUUGGGUUUUUUUUUUGAUAUCGCAGUAUUUUAUACAAUCUAUGGCUUUUGAAGGCACAGAUCAGGCAGGUUGAAUCAGGUGUCGCUGUGUAAGCUGUAAAGUGUAUCAGGUUUCUAAAUAAGUAUGUAGACAGGCAAAAAUAUAAAAGCUGAUAUUUACACUGUAUUUUAUUUAACUUGUAUUAAAACUCAGAAUUUUUAAGUCCUUGUUAUUUAAAUAAAAAGAUCUCGGUGCAUUUUUCCAGCCUCUCUGACUGUUUUUGGUGUGGGCUGGUUUAGGCUCUUGGUUUGUUGAGUGAUGUAAGUCACGCUGUAGAAGGCCUGUGCAGCCCCCUUCUGUGGUUUAAUACCGUGUCUUGGUGUUACACGAAUCGCUCUGUGGCCUUCCACCCCCCACCUGGAACUCUUCGAGGCUGUGUAGCAACGCGGAGAGGCGAUCCCAUGGGAGGUAUGGGGCUGCUCUGUGAGAAAAUGGAUUAUUUUAAAAACACGUGGGCGGUGGGGAGGCAGGGGAGGACCGCAGCCUGGAGGAGCCCUGGGGUUGAGUGAUGUGCAGACGCGUUUGCCCUCCAUCGCCGAGUGGUGACGGCUGGUGCCUGAUCUGUCCUGUGGGGAGCCAGAGACUUCUUGAAAAUGCUGAGGUAAAAACGAAGCAUGAAGGAAAACUUGGCUUUGUGUGCUCUACUUUGAACCUGUGCUCGUUAUGGAAGAAAUAGCUUUUUUUUUCUAUCCUGUCACUGUAUUUCGAUGCUAUAACCCCGCUUUGACACUGGCUGUGGUAGGUGUGUGUUAUUUCCGCCGCUGCCAGGCUGGGCCUCGGCCUUCGGGGCCCCUUCCCCGCCCGGGGCCUGUUGCUCUUCUGGCGCUGGUACCGCGCCUUCCCGUGCGCGGGGGCCGGUUUCGCUUGGUGGGAGCAGAGGAGCCGCCCGGGGUGGGUGUCAGAGGGGGCCCGGCCCGGGGGGAGGGUGAGCAGAAGGGCCCCGGUGCGGGCGGCGGCUC